CUAGUGCGUGCGAGCUUCAGUAGUCGCACCUCAAGUAGGCAAACUCUAAACCAGCUGAUGCCAACUCAAAUAUAGUUUUUGCAUAGCUUCUGGCAAUUGACCCACGUUUCGCGUUCGACGAACUUGGGCGACAUUCUGCCAAAGGAGGAAGCUUCUGUAGCCAGGCGCCCUGCCUACUGCGAUAGAAGCCUGGCUCUUAAUUUCCCCUUGGCAACCCUAGAAGCGGAAGGAGCAGAAGGAGCAGAACGGCACGCCAUGGGCUUGCCAGGCGGGCAGCAGCACAAAGGAAUGGAAGUCUGGCCCAGUAAUAACUAGGCUGCAUCAGGGGGCUUGCUACACCCGGCACGAGCGAAAUGGUCAGUGGCCAAGGGGCCGUGACCGGCACCGCCGCACCGGUGGUUGCGCACAAGGGGCCGCCACCGCUCCUCUCGCCUCCACGCCAUCUCUCAUGCUCAGGCGGGCUGAGCUCAACGCCUCUGUCGUCACCGGGCGGCCUGCUAUCCCCAAAGCGGCCGGCGUGGACGGCCGCACCCGAAGAGUUCACCUGCAAUGGCCCUUCGGACUCUGAGACAGAGGUUGCUUGUGGGGACGGCACAGAGCUCUCGACCACUACGCUGCCGGGCUGCGCGCCGCAGUUACCUGACAGCGCCGGGACGAUACCUGCGGGAGCGGCUUGGAUCGGGGUUGGCACAGAGCCACAUAUCCCAUUCGGUGUUGGCGGCAGAUCCCGGCUGUCAGGCCCGGGCGCUCACAGCCCCGGGCCGCUGCAGCUCUGUCCCUCUGCGACGGCUGGCGGUCUGGCUGCACCAGGAGCAGCAGCGAGAAGGACAGUAACAGCUGCAGCAGCAGCAGCCGCGACAGCGGUUGCUGCCGCAAGCGGCACAGGCGGUCGGUCGCUGGUCGCCCACUCCAGCUGGGGUCACAGCAGCGGCCAGGCACACAACCCGGUGCAUGACAUGACCGACCAGCAGCAGCAAGAGCAGCACAAUGCACUGGCGGCGCCACUGCCGCUGCGUCCGCCCCGAGCCAGCCGGAGUAUAGGGGGCUGCGAGGACGCGGGCGUCUAUAGCUGCGGCAGCGGCGGUGGGCUUGUCCGCAGCAUUGCUUACGGGGCCACCGAAGGCGGCGCAGGAGCAGGUGGUAUCUCGCUGAGUGGACCUCUUCGCGUGAUGCAGCGGCAGACUCAACAUCCGGACGCAGAUCGCGGCGGCGAGUGGCGGCAGGCGGAUGUGCAGCAUCGGGCCCUGCUGGCUGACUUACUGGAGUCUGGGCCCGAGCUGCCCAGCGGCGCGGUGCAGUCCACAGGCGCGGCGGCCUCGGCGGCCGUCAACACGGCUGUCACGGCCCCAGGGUGGCGCGUCCCAAGAGAUGAGGAGGCCUGGGCGGCGCGGGGCCGGCGCCUGAGCGGCGUUGGCGCGCGCACGGCGCCCGGAGCCGGGGGCUCUCCACCGGAGCGCCGCAGCCGUCCAGCCGGGCAACAAGGGCCGGUGCAACAGCAGCCAGCCGGGAUAAAGCAGCAACACCAGGAGUACCAGCCCUCAAGCGAACAUCGCGACGUUGCCACCCAUGAGUGCUCAGAUGGGGAGCAGCAGCUGCUGCGCGCUUUCGAGAGCAUAUCUGUGGACGCGGCGGCGGGCGCCGAGUUGCUCGCAACCCGCCUGGCUUCAGAGGUGUCCUCGUACGCCGCCGGCGACAGUCGUGCGCAUGCCCACGCCCACGACGGACAUAGAGAUGAGGACCUGCACGCGCGCGUGUCGGGCGGGGUGCUGCGCACGAUGGACUCGUACGCAACACACUCCGAGGCGGAGGGCCCUGAUGGCUUGAACGGGCAGGGCGGUGGCGCUGACGGCAGCGGCGGCAGAGGAAGUGACGGCGCGCCGCUCAGUCCGCCGACCCUAGGGCUGCCGGCACCGUUGGUGCUUGCAGCAUCAGCCGGCGGUGCCGUGUUGCCGGCUGGUCCGAACAGCCAGGGCCACGCGGCCUCGCGCUUCUUAUCUCCGCCCGCAUCGCCAGCGGCGGCGCAGGAGCGCGAGCGUCGGGCCGCCGCCGUCACUGCCGCCCACGGCAACACCUCCUUCGGCAGCCAGGCCGGCAGCGGCGCCGACUCCCCUGUCAUGUCGCCAGCGCCGUCUUCCUCUCGCGGGCACUUUCGGCUUUGGCCGGGCGCGCCCUUCUUCUCGUCCUUCAGCAAGCAGCGGCAUCGCGACAGCGAAGUGGCUGCCAGCGGCACCUCCGCCGCGGCCUCCGCCGCCGUGUCGUCCCCCGGGCGCUACCGGUUCAGCAGCGGCGCCGGGGGCGGCGGUGGCGGCAGCAGCCGGAUGGUGGCUUCCAGCGGCGACGGCACCAGUGUCGCCCUGGCCUCUGCAGCGGCCAUCAACGCUGCAGCCAUUGCGGCGGCGGAGGGGUCGUCGCCGAAGAGGCGGCCGGACAGCGGCGGCGGAAUGGACCGGCUGAGGCUUCAGCGCACCCGCGUCCGUGCCAUUCAGACCUCCGCGUCAGCCAAUGCGCACAGCAGCCCUGGCGGCAGCAGCCUUGCACUCGGCAGUUUGGCGGCGGCGGACAGGGGUGCGGGGCCAGGGGCGCUAAUGGCAGCGCUCCAAGCCAGGAGCAGCGUGGGCGGCGUGCCCAGCGGCUGCACCAGCCCCACGGCCGCGGCCGCGCUGGCGCUGAACGGAGGCCCCAGCAGCGGCGCGGGUGCUGGUCUGCACGUGGUGCGGGGGGCGUGGGGCGAGCCGGCGGCGGCAGACGCGCCUGACGGCGUGGUGGUCGGCGGCGCGGCGGCAGGAGCGGCUGUGGCGGGGCCAAGCGCUGCCUGGCUGCAAGGCACAGCUGCGCCCGCGGCAGUGCUGGGCCCCGCGCCACGCGUGCGGCGGGCGAGCAGCGCCCUGGAGACGUUGCUUGCCCGUGGCGGCGCAUCCGCGCACUCGCCUGCAGUCGGGGCCACAAGCCCUCUAGGCAAGAGCACCGCUCUUUUUACGCCGCCCAGGCCGCCUCCCAGCAGCCAGACGGGCAGCGGCCGCUUGCAGCCGCCGCAGGCGGGCGCGGAAGGACUCGGGGGCAAUGACGAUUCCGGCUACCAUCCGGCACCUCGCGCCCGGAAGUCGCAGGAGGGGCCCGUGGCACACGCUGAGGCGGGCUCCCGGCCGGCGGCGGCGGCGGCAUCUGAGGCGGUCUCGGAGCCGCUGCACCGGCUGUACCGCACAGCACUGGCCGCCGAGGAGGUCGCGCCGCAGCACCUCAAGUCACACAAGCAGCAGACACACCAGCAGACACACCAGCUGCUGCACAACCAGCGGGAGCCGCGGGAGCAGGCGCGGCCGUCGUCUGCCCUGGGCCGCGUCACGUCGCGGCUUCGUGCCUUGGCGUCGCGGGCGCUCAGCAGGAGCUCAGAUGGCCGCGGCGGCAGUGACGUGGACGAGGCGGGGCACCGAUCGGACGGCGCCGCUGUGGACGGCAGGGCCGCGUCAGAGGCUUCUGCCAAGGAGGGGAAGGGGUUCCGCAAGGCCCUGAAGAAGGGCAAGAGCGCAGCCGACGACGAGCCGCUCGCGGUUGCGGGCUCCGCCGACAGCAUCAGCCUGCACCGCCGCCGCCUGGAGACGGGCCGGAGGCGCGACAGUGGCAGUGCAGGUGAGGCCGCCGACGUCAGCAGCUUCAGUGGUACGGUGGUGGCGCCGGCUGGCGGCGUUACGGCGGUGGGGGAUGCCGGGCCGGGCAGCGGCAACGGCACUGCUGGUUGCUUGCGGCCGCAAAGCGCGGCCCGUGCGGCUGCGGAGCGAUACAUGGCGGAAACGUGGCGCACCGGCAGCGGCGGUGGCAGUGCUGGUGGAGGCGCGGUGCGUGGUGUGGGUGAAAGUGUGGAGGUGUACGCAGCGCCGCCGGCUGGUGGCGGGCAGGCACGCAUUGUGUCAAGGCCCGGAGCGUCGGAGCUGCCGAAAUGCAGUACGGGCGGCGGCGGCGGCGGCGGGGCGACGGCUGGCCACGACCGCUGGGGACCUGGCGGCCGGGACGCGACAGAUGAGGGCUGUUUGAGAAUGGAUACGCACGUGUCUGCCCCCGGCCCCGAGACACUGCGCACAUGCUGCAAGGCCAUUCCGGCGGCGCGCGCUCUGUCAGAGGCCUCUGCCGGGGCUGGGGCCGCUGCCGCUGCGGUGGUUGCAGCGCAUGGGGCGGUCGCAGCUGCAGCAGCGGGCAGGGUGGUGGCGGCGUUCGCCGCAGGAGCAGCACCAGCACCAGCGUACGAGUGAAGAUGGUGUUUGUAAAACCACUAGGGGUACUGCAUGAGGGCACGUGGUGGCUUUCGAGUUGCUGCAAUAUGGCAAAUGGAGCGAGUGUCGUGGUGCCCAGUGUAGGGUGAGAAGCGCGGGCGUAGGGUGUAUCGCGUGAUCGCGUCUCCAUGUAACUGGCUACGAUAUGUAUGUUGCUUGGAGCGAUUUGGAUGGACACAAGCAUGAGUUUACCCAAUGCCCAUGCGGCCAUAAUUCAUGGACUCAUGGACUGUGCGCUGACUGUGAUAGGGCCCGCCAUGCAGCCUAUCGCAGCCAUGGCCCCAGUAAUGUCAUUCCGUGGCUUCCCCGGGGAUCAACGUGUAUGGAACUGCAGUCUCGGGAUCCGGCAUACAUCACUUACAUGCUUAGCCUGUUACGGCUGGAUGCGGGGCGAUGGGGCCGGUGGCAUACCGUGGCCCAUAUUCAAGAGCUCUUUUUGUAGACAGGCGGCAGUGGGGCACACCGCAUACACGGAUAAGCGCCUGCAAGCCAGCUGUCGCAGCAAUCCAACCGCAAGCAAGUGACUGCUGCAGAGUGCAGAGCACGCAACUGCGACCCGCCGUCUAAGUCCAA